GGUGGUGACCCGCCCCUUUUGGCCGCGGGCCAACCCUGACCUAUGCCCUCUGUGUCGCCAGCCGAGGUCAGGAUGCCGAGCGGUGGUGUGGACAAGCCGGUGAUCGAGGACAACCGGGAUGGCACCGUGACCAUCAAGUACGAGCCGAAGGAAGAGGGCCUACAUGAGCUGCUGCUGAAAUUCAACGGGGAGCACGUGCAGGGAUCCCCGUUCAAGUUCCACGUGGAUUCUCUGGCGAGCGGCUAUGUGACGGCGUACGGUCCGGGCCUGGUGCAUGGCAUCACCGGCGAGCUGGCCACCUUCACCAUCACCACCAAGGACGCCGGUGCAGGAGGGCUGUCGCUGGCGGUGGAGGGCCCGAGCAAGGCCGACAUCAGUUGCCAUGACAACAAGGACGGCACGGUGUCUGUCUCGUACCUGCCCACCUCACCCGGCGUGUACAAGAUCGCCGUCAAGUUCUCCGACAAGCACAUCAAGGGCAGCCCGUUCGCGGUGAAGAUCACUGGCGAGGGACGCAAGCGGAGCCAGGUGUCGAUGGGCGCCCAGUCGGAGGUCACGCUGCCCGGCAAGGUCAGCGAGAAGAACAUCAAGGUGUUGAACGCCUCCAUUACGGCACCGUCCGGCCUGGAGGAACCCUGCUUCCUCAAGAAGCUGACCAACGACCAGCUAGGCAUCUCCUUCACGCCACGCGAGAUCGGCCAACACCUGGUCAGCGUGAAGAAGAAGGAUACCGCCAUCAGCGGCUCACCCUUCAAGAUCAUGGUCAAUCCUCAGGAGGUGGGCGACGCCUCCAAGGUGAAGGUGUCGGGCACGGCGCUCACUCAGGGCAAGACGCACGUGGCCAACAAGAUCGCCAUCGACACUAAGGAGGCCGGCUAUGGUGGCGUAUCGCUGUCCGUCGAAGGACCGAGCAAGGCCGAGAUCAAGUAUGACGAGAAAGCGGACGGCAAGCUGGAGGUUUCUUACAACCCCAAGGAACCAGGCUUCUAUAUCAUCAACCUGAAGUUCGCCGACCAUCACGUCAAGGGCUCGCCGUUCACCUGUAAGGUGACGGGAGAGGGCUCGAACACGCAGACGGAGCGUAUCAAGCGUAACCAGGAGGCGGUGCCGCUCACCUCCGUCGGCUCCAGCUGCGCGCUCACCUUCAAGAUGCCGGGCGUGUCGGCGCUCGACCUGAGCGCCGCCGUCGCCUCCCCCGGCGGCGUGGUGGAGGAUGCCGCCAUCUCAGAGCUCGAGGACAACCUGCACGCCGUCAACUUCGUGCCCAAGCAGCUGGGCGUGCACACGGUGUCCGUGCGCUACCGGGACGUGCACAUCCCCGGCUCACCGUCGUUCACUGUCGGCCCGCUCAAGGACGGCGGCGCCCACCGCGUGCACGCCGGCGGGCCGGGUCUCGAACGGGGCGAGCAGGGCAUGCCCAGCGAGUUCAACGUGUGGACGCGCGAGGCCGGCACCGGCUCGCUGGCCAUCAGCGUCGAAGGACCCAGCAAGGCCGAGGUCGACUUCAAGGACCGCAAGGACGGCUCCUGCUACGUCAGCUACGUCGUCUCCGAGCCCGGUCAGUGCUGACACAUUCUAAAGCAU